GGUUGUUUGCGUAAGAGAGAAUGGCCAGUUCAGGAUCGUUCUCGAGACAGGUGAAUGGGAAGGAGGCCUGGAAAUCGACGUCGAAGAGAUGGAGUGGGAAAAACAAGCAUGGCAGAGGUAGCGGGGGCAUGAGCGUGGAGGCCAGCCUGAAUCAAAUGUGUGGAAAUGAGGGCAAUAAGACGGCAGCGAGAAAGAGAGUGAUGGUGGUGGUUGAUCACUCGUCGCAUUCCAAGCAUGCACUCAUAUGGGCAAUCACCCAUGUCGCUAAUAAGGCUGAUUUGCUCACUCUGCUUCACGUCGUCCCUCCACACACGCCUUCUCAUUCUUCUUCUUCCACCUAUCUCCUCAACUAUCUUCUUUCCCUCUGUAAAGAUUGCAGGCCCGAGGCGGAAGUGGAGGCACUCGUAAUUGAAGGACCAAAACUGAGCACCGUGACGAGCCAGGUGAAGAAGCUGGAGGUCUCGGUCUUGGUGUUGGGCCAAAAGAAGCCAUCUCUUCUGUUCAACUGGUUAGACUUCAGUCCAGCCUUUGAUCUCAGCCUUAACAUGGUUUUCUCACUAAUCAGCAAUUGUGUCUGUGUAAACGAUUGUGCUUUUGAUAUCCCGUUUUCCUUUGCGGACAGCCUAUGUGGAAGCAGCAGCGCAGAGGAGUUUGUGGAACAUUGCAUCCACAAUGUAGAGUGCUUGACAAUAGGAGUGAGGAAACGAAGCCAAGGUACGAAUGGGUACCUCAUCAGCACAAAGUGGCAGAAGAACUUCUGGCUUCUGGCUUAGGUUUGUCGACUUAGUUGCCACUUACCACAUCGCAAGGCAUACAUGAGAAGAUUAACUUAAUAUAUCUCAUUUCUAUCACUCAGUAACUAUUAACAUCUUCCUCCCUCGUACUAAUGAAGUUACUUGUUGGGGUAGUCCUUGAUUCUGUACGACUUCGGGAAACGAUUCUGAACUA